AUGCCCGAGGUAAUUGAGCUGUUGUCGUCGAGUUCGCCAGGGACUGCAUCUCCAGAACCAAGGCAGGUCGCCUCGACAACAUCCAAGUCAUUGCUGGAGGGUACAUUCGAUUUUGGCUCCGACGAUUUUGAUGAAACUGGAUCAAUAGAUUUUCACGUCGAUAGGGCCAACAAACGGCGACGGUUGACUCCAGACCUCGACUUGAACGAAGCAUUGGCAAACCCCGAACACUCACGACCACAACUGACGCUGGAGUUAUCAUCGGAUACUGAUAAUGGUCUCCAUUCUGAUCGCGAGAUUUCUGUCCAAUCAACAGAGAAGUCGGUCGUAGGGAAGCGGACUGACAAUGUUUUUGACGAGAUAACAUUCUCGUCCUCGGCCCCGGAGUUGCGUUACACUGAGACAAAGGCAUCAGGGACCCAAUGGAAUUUGCCUCUCGAGGAUUCGGCAGACGAUUUGGACGAUGUCCUGUUGAGCCUCUCGCAACCGACCGGGGAUGCUGGGAUUGACGAGGAUUACGAAGAUAUGUACUCCAAUAGGACGGCCAACCUUCUGGCGAAUCUCUCGCAGACGUCGACCAAGGAGAAGACAACCAAGCCACGCCUGUCCAGGUCUGGGACCUUGGAUCGUGGAGCAAAACGGAAAUCUACAACCAAGGUCCAGAUCAAGGAUGAUAUUGAGUUCUCUUCUAGUCCGGUCAACGUUCGUACUUCUAGGCCUGCCAGAGUAUCUGACGAUCAAAAAGCAAUCAAAGCUGCCGAAAGAGCUUCAGCCAGAGCGGAAAAAGAAGCUGCUAAAGAAGCAGAAAAGGAGCGCAAACGGUUGGACCGUGAGAAGAAAGCUCAAGAGAAGCAGAAGGCUGCCGAUCUUGCAGAGGUCAACAAAUCCAAGAUAAGCAAAAAAGAUGCCACCCCGGAAAUGAUACUUGAUAUGUCGGGUUUCCUAAGGGGCAGCAGUGUCGGCAACCAGGUGCAGGAAUACAUGAGGAACGUCCGUGUUGAGGUCAAUUAUAUUGAUGAAGAGGUGGAUCUGACCGACAGCCUCCCAGACCAAGAUAUUUAUGGUAACCUGGUGACAUGGCGUCGCAAAGUGAAGGCCACAUACAACGAAGAGGGGGGUCAUUGGGAACCAACGCUAGAAACCCAAAUCGUCAAGGAAAAGCAUGUACUAGUACAUCUUCCCGCCGUUGAGUUUGCAGCGAUGAUUGCCGGCUCGAAGACAGCAGCGUCGACGUCAAGACUACCGACGGAGGAAGAGAUGAAGGCCAACCUCGACGCACACGUUGCAUCGAUACGCCGGAGAUUCCACGAUUGUAUUCUCAUCUACCUCCUGGAGGGUCUGGAAGCUUGCAUCAAGAAAAACGUGAAUGCAAAGAACCGAGCAUACACUGCAGCUGUACGGGCACAACUGGUUGAGUCUACUGAGGCAGCGGCAUCUUCCAACGUUAACACACAGCCCGCUGGGACACAAGCGAAAUCUCGCAAGAGGAAAAAGGCUGCCACUGACUCCAUGGAUCUCACCUUUAUCACGUCGGACAUCGUCGAAGAUCUACUGCUUCAUCUCCAGCUCGCCCAUCAGCCGAUAUUGAUCCAUCAUACGACUUCGCCGGGAACGACGGCGUCUCAGAUAUCUGCCUUGACGCAACAUCUCUCGACGCGACCGUACCGUCUCGCCCAGCUCGACUAUAACCUCAAAUCGGCAUCAUUUUGCAUGGACACCGGCCAAGUCCGGACAGGCGACGAUGCCAAAGACACGUUUGUCAAGAUGCUGCAGGAAGUUCAACGAGUAACUCCCAGCAUGGCGUAUGGAAUCGUCGACCACUGGCCGAGCGUCAGUAAAUUGGUCAAGGGGUUCGAGAAACAUGGCAAUCUCAUGCUGGAGGAUGUGCGCAAGACCGUCAACAAGGAUGGCGCGUGGAGUGACAGAAAACUGGGUCCCAUGAUCAGCCGCAGGCUGUAUAAGGUGUUUAUGGGUCGAGAUCCUGCGGCGACGGAUGGCAUGUCAUAA